GACUCAAACUCAAACAAGUUAAAAACAUCUUACGUAGUAUCAGCAUAUAGCCACUUACCCUUAUCUCUCUUUUUCUUGAGAGAGAGAGAGAGAGAGAGAGAGAACAAAACAAAGAUGCAAGUAGUAUCAGCAUGCAACAAUAUGUGGUGUAUGUCAAUGCUGCCAACAACUCCUCAAAAAAGCAUCAGCAGUGUUCUAAGCCGGCGUGAGGUUUGCAUAUCUUCAUCUCUUUGCAACCAUGAUGCCAUCCCUCCUCAACAACCUAUCUCCAUUUCAACAAGGACUGUUCAAGAUGAAAGUCAGGAUUCUGGUAACACGAUAAAGAAGGUUAUUGUGUCCCCAACAAGACGCGUGUUAAUGUCGAGUUUGACUUUGUAUUCCUCUUACUGUUCUUCAAGGUACUUGUCAGCACUAGCAUUAGGAGAUACAUCAGUGACAAUUGAAGAAGUGACCCCUCCUGUGUUUUCUACCGAGCCACUCUUUCCUGCAGAGGACCGAAUUGUCCAACUGUUUGAAAGUAACACAUACUCUGUUGUUAACAUCUUUGAUGUGACGUUGCGUCCUCAACUUAAUGUGACUGGUGUGGUUGAGAUUCCUGAAGGAAAUGGCUCUGGAGUAGUUUGGGAUGAAGAGGGCCACAUUGUGACAAAUUAUCAUGUAAUUGGCAAUGCCCUUUCGAGAAACCCAAGCUCCGGUCAGGUCGUUGCGCGAAUUAAUAUUCUAGCAUCGGAAGGGGUAAUAAAGAAUUUUGAAGGUAUACUCAUUGGAGCUGAUCGUUUAAAGGAUCUAGCUGUCUUGAAGGUAGACGCCCCUAAAGAAAUUUUAAAGCCAAUCAAUGUGGGAGAGUCGUCGUCUCUGAAAGUCGGGCAGCAAUGUUUGGCGAUUGGAAAUCCAUUCGGAUUUGAUCACACCCUCACAGUUGGUGUUAUCAGUGGUCUUAAUCGAGAUAUCUUUAGUAAAACUGGUGUAACAAUUGGUGGCGGUAUUCAAACUGAUGCAGCCAUAAAUCCCGGAAACAGUGGAGGUCCACUUCUGAAUUCGAAAGGAAGCUUAAUUGGGAUCAAUGCCGCAAUAUUUACUCAGACAGGAACUUCAGCUGGUGUAGGAUUUGCCAUUCCAUCUUCAACUGUACGUCGAAUCGUUCCUCAGUUGAUUCAGUUUGGAAAAGUUGUUAGAGCUGGAUUGAAUGUGGAUAUUGCUCCAGACUUGAUUGCAAAUCAACUUAACGUUCGAAAUGGAGCUCUUAUUCUUACGGUUCCAAAAAAUAGUCUUGCUGCCAAACUAGGACUAAAUCCCACUACAAGAGGAUUUGCUGGUAAUAUAGUCCUUGGAGAUAUCAUCAUUGCAGUUGACAAUAAACCUGUCAAGAGCAAAGGAGAGUUGUUGAAGGUAUUGGAUGAGUAUAAUGUAGGAACUAAAGUAAUGUUGUUGAUUCAGAGGGGUGAUGAAAAGUUGGAGCUGCCUGUGGUACUUGAAGAACAGAGUUCUUGAUGAGAAGUGUACAUGCAAUAAUAUAUAUAUUGUAAUUUUAAUUUGUUAGUGAGUUAAUUACGAUGCAUUUUUUUUUAAAUUAAGAGAUAACAUGGUUUUAUUUUUCAUUUUAAUG